AUGUUGAAAGAUCUUGGCCUCGGUUAUGAGAAUAUCGACGCAUGCAAGAAUAACUGUGUUUUGUUUUAUGGAGUCAUCAACAAAGACCUGGAUUACUGUCCAGUGUGCAAAGCAUCGAGGUGGAAGUCAUCAUCUUCUUCAUCUAAGAAGAAAAGGAUUCCAAAGAAGGUGCUUCGUUAUUUCCCAUUGAUUCCUAGGUUGAAGCGUAUGUACAUGUCUUCAGACACUUCAGAAAAGAUGAGAUGGCACGGGGUAACGAGGAAAAAUGAUGACACUUUCAGACACCCUGCAGAUGGGGAGGCUUGGAAAUCAUUUGACAUAUCAUUUCUUGAUUUUGCAGCAGACAUUCGAAGUGUAAGACUUGGACUUGCAACAGACGGGUUUAAUCCUACCGGAAACAUGAAUUUGUCUUAUAGUAUUUGGCCUGUUAUUGUUGUGGUGUACAACCUACCUCCAUGGAUGUGUAUGAAGAAGGAAUUUAGUAUGCUGACUUUGUUAAUUCCAGGUCGUUAUUCUCCAGGAAAAUGUCUUGAUGUGUACAUGAGACCAUUGAUUGAUGAGUUAAAAGAAUUAUGGGAAAAUGGCGUCCCUACUUUUGACUGGUAUAGUCAAACUUCAUUCAGGAUGAAAGCAGCAGUGGUUUGGACCAUUAGUGAUUUUCCUGGAUACGGGAUGUUGUCGUCUCAAACCACUAAAGGUUACAAGGCUUGCCCAAUCUGCUUAGGAGACCUAAAUGCUAGUUGGCACGCUGGAAAGGUGUGUUACUUGGGGAGUCGUACAGGGCUUCCGGAAGAUCAUCCAUGGCGAUUUGAUGCGGCUUCAUUCGAUGGGAAGCAAGAGUUUGGUUUAAAACCCCAAGAGCGGUCUGGUGAGUGGAUUUUGGACAUGUUGAACUCUUUUGAUUUCGGACGUCUUAGCAGUGAUCCUGAUGUGUUAGCUCGGAAUCCAAAACGUCCUUCUAGAUUGGAGAACUGGACGCACAAGAGUAUAUUUUUUGAAUUGCCUUACUGGAAGAAAUUGAGAAUAAGGCAUUGCCUUGAUGUCAUGCAUAUAGAGAAGAAUGUUUGUGACAGCAUUGUGGGAACAGUUUUCGGGUUUAAAGAUAAGACUAAGGACACUAUGAAGGCGCGUAAAGAUCUUCAACUCAUGAACAUACGCCCUCACUUAUGGCUAACAACGUCGGGGUCAAAGCCUCUUGCACAUUACAGGAUUAAUCCGGCUAAUGAGAAGAAAGUUUUCAAAUGGUUUGAAGCUAUUAAGUAUCCCCAUGGUUAUGCAGGAAAUAUAUCUCGAUGUGUAAAAGUGGGGGAGAAUAAGCUAUUUGGAUUAAAGACUCAUGACUGUCAUAUCAUGCUACAACGUCUUUUUCCAGUGGUAAUUCGACCAUAUUUGCGUCCUGAUGUGGUAUAG